AUGUCGGGCAAAUCUGCAGGUUUACAAACAAUUAUGCGUGAAGAAUAUAUGCCGAAAGGUGUAUAUAUCCAUUGUUGCACACAUAAAUUAAAUUUGGUGAUUGUUGAUGUGUGCAAAGUGGUGAAUUAUAUUGGUGAAUUUUAUUCGAUCAUGUCUUCAAUUUAUUCGUUUUUUAUAUGUUCUGGUGUUGCAAAUAAAUAUUUUCUUGGUGCACAACAAAAAUUAAAACUAGAAACAACAAAAUUAAAAUUGUGGUCUGAUAUCAGAUGGGAUUCCAGGUGGGAUUCGAUUGAUGCAUUAAUUAGGAAUUAUUCAGCUGCUGUUCAAGCUUUUGAUGAUACUAUUGAAGAAGAAGAUACACGUUCAGUUAAUGCUAGAGGGCUGCUUAUUACUGUUAAAGAACCAAUUUUUGUUGUCACAUUAUUUGUUUUAUAUAAAUUAAUGGGUCCGAUUAAGAUCUUAUCAAAUCAACUUAAAAGUGCAACAAUUGAUUAUGGUAAAGCUCAUAAUUUGAUUUCAACUAUCAUUGAAGAAAUUCAAAAUUGUCGUAAUGAAAGAUCAUUUGAAUUUAUUUAUAAUCAAGUUAUUGAAUUUAGUCAAAAAUAUGAUAUUGAUUUAAAACAAAAAAGAAGAAGAGGUCGAGUACGAACAAUACCUGCUCGUUUUUCUAAUUCAAUUAUUACAAGUACUAUUGGUCAUCGAGAUGAUGACAAUAAUGAUGAACAUCGAUUUCGAACAAGCAUAUUUUAUCCUUUAAUUGAUAGUAUAUUGAUCGAAUUAAACGACAGAUUCUCGAAUAUAAAUUUGGAUCUAUUGAAAAGUUUAGCAGCUAUGUAUCCAGACAGUGAACAAUUUUUAGAAUUUAAAUCAUUAUGUUCAUUAGCUGAUCAUUUAAAUUGUGAUCUGAACCAGUUACAGAAUGAAUUGAAUGUUAUUAAACCAAUGAUAAAAGAUGAAAAAUUAAGAUCCACCAUUGAAUUAUAUGAGAAAUUAAGACCAUAUAAAGAAGCAUUUCCAACAGUUAUAUCUAUGAUUACUGGAGCACUUACCAUACCUGUUUCUUCAACAAGUUGCGAACGUAGUUUUAGUAAGAUGAAGCUGAUCAAGCGAUCCACAAGAAAUACAAUGAAUGAUUCAAGAUUGAGUGAUAUGUGCUUAUUAGCGGUAGAAAGAAAUUUUGAAAUAGACUUCGAAAGAAUAAUCGAUGUUUUUUCGCUAAAUCAUGGAAAUAGUCGAAUAUUAUUACGUUAA